UCACCUUUCUCCGCCCAAAUGGCCGGGACCCACGUUAGUGUCUUUGAUAUAGAUGGUUUAUUAUUUGUCAUAUAUCAAUAAUACCUUUUUAGCUUCAUAAUUCGAGUUGUUUGAUUUUAAUUGUCAUAAAUAGAUGUAAAAUUGAUAUCCUUACAACUCACUCCGACAUAAUUCCAAGAAGACACAUGUAAAAUAAAUGUAGGAAGUCGAUCUACACCGAAACAAUUGAAUUGAAUAAAAAAUUCCAAAAACUCCGAAAUAAACACGAGGCGAAAAUUAAGCUAAACAAUAGCCAAAGAAAUCAUCAACCUCUCUAUUUUUAAACCCCGAUCUUCGAUUUCCCGAAAAUGUCUUACAACCACAUGAAAACGAGCACAUUCUAGCUAGCUAGUACUCCAACACAAGUAGUAUAAAAAGAACUCACCAUAGAGAUACAUUUCAUCAUCAAUAAAAAAAACACCAACAAUUAAAGAUCGUGAAUAAUCAAAGGGGGAAAAUCGAGUGUUCAUCAUCAAUAAAUCGCUAAAAAGCAAAUCAAGAAUUCCAACCAUGGAAAUAACCCUAUGCUCACUAAUCGCACUACUCGGAUUCAUCACCAUCGCCAAUGCACAAACCGUCUUCGACAUCUCAAAAUGCGGCGCUACUCCUAAUUCCGACAUCACUGCGAUCCUAACCAAGACUUGGACCGACGCUUGUGCCUCGCCAACCGGUGCGACCAUUGUGAUCCCCGCCGGCACCUACAAGUGCGGCGUGGUGGAAUUCAAAGGCCCAUGCAAGGGCCCAAUCACGUUUCAAGUCGACGGCACCCUCCAGGCUCCGACCAGCCCCGACGGCGACAGCUGGAUCACCUUCUGCAGCUUCGAAAACUUGGCCUUGACCGGCACCGGUACUUUUGACGGCAUGGGUUCCGCCAUCUACGGCAAGCAGAAGUCAAAGGCCGUGAAUUUGAGGUUCAACUUUAUCACCAACGGACACGUGGAAGGCGUGACGAGUAAAGACAGCAAGGAAUUCCACGUCAACGUUUUGGGCUGCAAGAACCUGACGAUCAGCAAGUUCACCGUCUGCGCGCCGGAGGACAGCCCCAACACCGACGGGAUCCACUUGGGGAGAUCCAACGGCGUGCAGAUCCUCGACACCAAGAUCGGCACCGGCGACGACUGCAUCUCCGUGGGCGACGGCAUGGAGCAGUUGACGGUGGAGAGGGUGACCUGCGGUCCGGGCCACGGCAUCAGCAUCGGCAGCCUGGGGCAGUACGCCGGCGAGAUGCCGGUGAAGGGGAUCUUCGUCAGAAACUGCACGCUGGUGAACACCCAGAACGGCGUCAGGAUCAAGUCGUGGCCCGACCAGGAGGCCAACGACGUCUCCGACAUCCACUUUGAGGACAUUGUGUUGGACAACGUCGAGAACCCGAUCAUCGUCGACCAGAUGUACUGCCCCUCCAAUCUGUGCAAGUCCAAGGGCGCGUCGAAGGUGACAAUUAGCAAUGUGAGCUUCAAGAACAUCAGAGGGACGUGCAAGCUGCCGGAAGCCAUAACUAUGACUUGCAGCUCUGCUCAUCCGUGCACCAACGUUGAGAUGUGCGACAUUGACAUCAAGUGCACCACUGGCCCAGCCAAAGCUGUGUGCACCAAUGUCAAGCCCAUCAUCACUGGCAUCAUGAAUCCUCCUGGCUGUUAAGCAGCUUCACUGCUACUAGCUAGCUCCAUUUUUGCUAUAUGAAAUUAUUAAUUUAUGUUCAAGAUUUGAAAGAGAUUACCACUUGGAUUAAUGGUCUCUUUCCGGCUCUUAAUUAUUUACUAAGCAUGUAAUAAUAAGUUGUUUUUCCUAAUGCAACAGAGAUUAUUGGACGUUUCUUGAGACUAUCGUUUUCAACUGUUCAUUGUUCUUUUUCUUCUUCAACAUAUUGUUUGAUAUUAGAAAUCCUAAUUUUACAUAACGAGAAAAUUUUGUUCAAGACCUUGAAAAUUAGAAUUUUCGGAGAAUUGUCGUAAAUUAAUACUGAGAACAAUAUCAGAUGAAAUUGCUCCAUAACAAUAUAAUUACGAUUUAUGAGGAUUUUCCUCGUUGGCGGAAUCAGAAAGAUUAGGUACUAAUAGGUAAAAUUGCCUUCCAAUGGCUUAUGUCAAAUGGGCCACGAGACCAAAGAAUUCCUUCCAAAUUAUUAUUUACGUUUUUCUAUUAUUUUAUAAUGUAUUUCUGUAUCUUCUUCUUCUCUACCUUCGUCCUUCUCCUCCCAAGUCCCACCUUCUCCUUUAAAUCCACUUUUUGAAACUUUUUCGAGGUCUCUCCUCUCUUUUUCUCUCACGAGCUCUCUGUGAUAGCGUUAAAAGCCUGACACUAGGUUUACCUCCUGGAUUACGUCUGCGAUUCCAUUGCUCACGCAGCUCAUUGCACGAAUUUCCCCACCUUGUAUUUGGGAUAAAUGUAUGCUAAUCAACUGUUACUCUGACUGCUACUGCUGCUUAGCUUACCCUUUCGUCAUUUCCAUCCCAGAGUUCAGAGAGCAAGUAAGUUCUCCAGAAUCGAAAGACCUAAUAGCACACUGCAGCAACCGCGAACUUCUCGCCUCCUCGAUGGUGGGUUUUCUCUUCUUUUUUUUUCUUCUUCUAUUCGAAUGUUUCCUUUUUGUUUUAUUUUGCUUUUCUAUAGAGACAAAGACAACUUGCUGAAAGAGAAAGGGGGCGGAUAUUGUCCUGCUUUUUUGGGGUUUUAUUGGGAAGCUUUCUUGUGAAGCAAUUUGCGUUGAACGUGAUCCUGUUCAUUCCCCAUCUUCCCUGAUUUGCGUGCUGCUUCGGGCUCACGGUUUCUUCUACUUCCUCCACAGCCUGGCGAGAUGUGGGAGAUGUUUCGGGCUUCUAUCGGCGGAUAUCGAUGAUAAAUUGAUCUCUGAGAUCUGGGCAUUUCUAUGAUUCGAGGAAUUUGGGGACUUUAGCGUGUAAUGGAGGAUAUUGGGUUGUUUCAGCAAGCAUGGCAAUGGCUGCAAAUGCAGAAGCACACUUGCUCGAGGGUCAGAACUGGAGCAGGGUGUGUGAGAGAGAGGGUUAGUGUACUUAUAGACCGCCAUUGGCCGACGGUGUGUGGCGGGUUCGCCAGAUUUGGGAAGUUGAUAACUUUCUUGCUGAUCUAUUGGAAAGAAUGCUCUGUCAAGGGUUUCCUAUCGGUUAUUCGACUGGGCUCGGCAGCUCUGCUUCUUAUUAUGUGGAGUUGCUUUCUUAGUCUCACUUCAAUAUCAUGCUUGAUUUACGUCCUGCUCAGCAUGGUAUGCCCACUCUUCCUUGUCUUCUGCCCAGUUUUCCCAGCUUUCCCAUGAUGAUGAAUUAUUGAACUUGUAGAAAAUGAGUAUUGUAUGAGUUGGGGCAUGUUAAUUGUGAAGAACAUCUUUUAUUGUGGAUAAGUUACUAGUACUAGGACUGGUUGGAUUUGUCAGAAUUUAGGCGAUAUAUGCAACAAAAAUUCUGCAUCUUGCUGUGAGUGCUUCUAAGCCCACCUGUGGUAAAUAUAUCCAACUCACUGAAAACAUGAGGAUACUUGAGGACCUUAAAGCUUUUCUUUUCAGGAGUAGUUGCUAGGCUUUGCAUCUCUUGGUCUGUGAUUCUCAAUGUGAUCUUUCUUUGUGAUAGAGAUGACUAUCAUUCCACGUUAAUCUGUUUGGUCGGUUCAGUGUUUGGACAUGCAUGAACAAAGCUUUGUACUCAGUACUUGGGAUUUGUGGUGUCUAUGUAUAGAGGAAAAUAUGUCAGAAAGUCUGAUUUGCUUCCUCCUUUCCUUGCUCUGCUACAUCUAACUGUGCAAACCCUUAAGUUGUUCCAUUUCCACUGUGUGUUGUAUUUUGAUGUAGUCUCAUGUAGUGAUGAUGCAUGUUAUUCUACAUGUCAGUAUGUGUAAGCUUUUUCUUGGUUUCCACUUCAUUUUGUUGGCAAAGUUGCGUUUGAGCUGAUAACUACUGACACUUGGUGUUCUCCUCCAGGGAGCUGCAGGAGUUGCUGUUCAAUACCUGGGUUAUACCCCUGGGCUAUUUAUCGUAGGACUAGUUGCUAUAUUAACUCUAUGGAUGUAUGCUAGCUUUUGGAUAACAGGAACGUUGUUUAUAAUUGGAGGUAUGGUUUCUUUUCAAAUCACGAUUUUUUUAAUGCCAAGCUGAUGAGUUACAAUGCAGCACGUGUAUUGAUUUAUCUGUCAUAUAUUUUCUAUUUGGUGUUUUAUGAGGGCUAAAACCUUGUGUUGGCUACCUGUCAAGGAACUGGGGUAGCGAUUGUUAGGUGUCUCCGCUUACCGAGUGCAUUGAUUAUAGUAGAUUUUCUUAUUUUUGUAAUUUACUCUCCCCUUGAGGUGAUUUAGUUUUCAGGUAUUCUCAUGCGUAAGAACAAUUAGAGCGUAAUUUGUAAAUAGUUGAGGAGAAUCAGCCAUUCAUUUGUCAUGAUAACACAUGUAUUAUAAUUGCGUAAAAUAAGUCUUUGGGCAACAAAACUAACCGAGGAAGCAAUGCUAUCACAAAGAUUUGAAAGCUCAUUUCUCAUAGGAAGGACCUGCAGAAAUAUGUUUCUAGGAUAAUCAGUUUCUCCCUACGAGGCUAGAUGUGACAUUGAGUAAAGUGCAUAUAACUUGAAGGAGGUAGUAGGCUAGUAGCUUUUAGUUGAGCAUAGAGCCAAUAUAUUUCAGAAUUGUAGGAAAGGAGAAGAUAAGGACAUAAGCGCUUGCAGACGAGUGAAAUUGUUAGGUGGUGUUCUAUGCUUUGUAUUCUACUUUCAUCAAUAUUUCCCUGUAAAUUGAAAUUCUCUUCUGGGAUUUAAUUGCAACCUUCCGGUGUUAAGAUUGCAUUUCUUUGUAUAGCUAUCUUUCUUUCAUGGCAUAUACUGAAUUGUUGCAAUGAAAUUUUUGCAUACUU